AUGGGUCUGCAGCCCCCGCUGGGUGGGAGGCCGUGCACCGCCCCGCCAUGCUGCGCAGACUGGCGCGGGCCGCGGCCCAGAGACACGGGGCUCCCCUGGGCGCGGGGGUCCGAGGGCCAGGCGGGGGUCCCGGAGCACGUGGUGGACUUGCGCAGCGACACGGUGACCGUGCCCGGGCCGGCCAUGAGACGCGCCAUGGCCGAGGCGGUCGUGGGGGACGAUGACUAUGGCGAGGACCCCACCGUCCGCGGGGAGCCCGGGGAGGGGGAGCUGCAGGAAAAGGCCGCGGAGCUGCUCGGGGUGGGGCGGACCCUGUUCGUGCCCACCAACACCAUGGCCAACCUCAUCUCCGUGAUGGGUCACUGCCGCCGCCGGGGCUCCCAGCUCCCGCUUGGGCAAGAGUGCCACCUCCAUGUCUAUGAGCAGGGCGGUGUGGCUCAGAUCGCAGGUGUGCACCCCCACGCCCUCCCAGACCAGCCCCAUGGCACCCUGGACCUGGCAGCGUUGGAGCGGGUACUCAGGCGGGGCCUGGGGAACCCUUACCACCCCGUGUGUGAGCUCAUUUGCCUGGAGAACACCCACAGCAGCUCAGGGGGCCGGGUCCUCCCCCUCGACUACCUAUGCCAGGUGCACCUCCUGGCCCGGAACCAUGGCGCCCGGGUCCACCUGGACGGGGCUCGGUUGAUGAACGCAGCGGUGGCCUUGCGCGUGCCCCCCGGCCGCAUCGUGCAGCACUGUGACUCGGUCUCCUUCUGUUUCUCCAAGGGCCUGGGGGCUCCAGUGGGGGCUCUGGUUGAGGGACCAAAGGAUUUCAUGGAAAAAGCCUGGCGUCUCCGGAAGGCCCUGGGCGGCGGGAUGCGUCAGGCGGGGGUGCUGGCCGCUGCCGCCCUGGUGGGUUUGUCGGAUGCUGAGGAGGUGUUGCUGCAGGACCACCGGAACGCCCAGAGAUUCGCCAGAGGACUCCAGGAGCUGGCCUCCCCCGUCUGCUCCGUGGACCCCAGCACUGUGGAGACCAACGUGGUGAUGGUGCAGGAGGCUGGGCUGCUGCCGGAGGAACAGUGCCGGCGUCUGCAGGCCGCGAGCGCGGACGAGGCUGCGCAGACGGGCCGGGUGGUUCGCGCGCUGCUCUUCCUCUGGACGGAGUGCUCCGUGCGCGCCGUGUGGCACCGCGAUGUCUCCGCCCAGGACACCGAGCUGGUGCUGAGGCAGCUGGGGCUCUGA